AUGGUCUCCGAAAAAGUUCCGGACCCCUCGGGGUCCCUUCCUGAGGUCGUUGUCAAUGGGGCUCAGAAACAUCACCGUGACAUUGACGUUGAAAAGUGCGCAAAAGGUCCUUCUGGCGAAGAUAUUGCGAUUGAACCGACCGAGGAGAAGGAGACGAUGCGGCCCAGAUAUUUCGACGGGACGGCGACGCUGACUGUGGGAGAUGGUGUGAUUCUCAUUCCAACUCCGAGCGCGGAUCCGAGAGACGCAAUAUCCGGCGUAUGCCUAAUCACCGCCCUCUCCGCGCUGAUUGUGUAUAUCAUGCCGGAUUACGACCGCGAGGGCAUCACCCCGGACCAGAUCUCGAACCUCUUCACAUUCCCCAACCUCUUCCUGGGGCUCGGCAACCUCGUCUCCAUGCCCAUCGCCGUGGCGGUGGGCAGACGGCCGGUGAUUCUCGCAUCCAACGUCCUGCUCUUCCUCGCCGCCGUGCUCUGCGCGACGAACCGCAGCUACUACUGGCAUCUCGGCGGGCGCAUGGUCGCAGCUUUCGCGGCAGCCCAGUGCCAGGCCUUGGCUCUGCUCAUCCUACAGGACGUCUACUUUCUCCACCAGCGCGCGCGCGUCUUCCAGGUUUAUGCGUCCGCGGAGGUGCUCCUAAAUUCCAGCCUGGUGAUCGCGUCGUCGUACAUGGCCGACGCCCUGGGCUGGCGGUCGUGGUACUGGCUGUUCGCCGGCCUCUCGGGCGUCGCCAUGGUCCUGACCUACUUCUUCGUCCCCGAGACGGCGUACGACCGGUCCAUUGAGUCUUUCAUGGGGACCCAGCCGACUGAUACGAGCAACCUGCUGCCCGCGCAGAGCAGCAGCAAUGGCGCCGGGCUCCUUGACCGAAGCCGGUCGCCGGGGCCGAAGUACACCACGGCGGACGACAGGCCGAGUCUGGAUUUCGAACGGUUCGAGAAGCGCACCUUUGCUUCGAACCUGACAAUCUUCGUCCACAAGCCGACUUGGUCUCGAUGCUGGCUGUGCCUGAAGCAGAUCGGGCAGGUGUUCCUGUUCCCCCACGUCCUCUGGGUCGCCAUCAACAACGGCCUCUUCCAGGGCAUCGACGUUUCCAUCCAGAUGACGUAUGCAGAGGUGCUCGUCAAGCCGCCCUACAACUGGGCCAACACCUCCGUCUCCCUCAUCCAGCUGGGUCAAAUCUUCGUCGCCCUGCUAUGCGUCCCGGUGAUCGGCUGGAUGAGCGACUACGUCAUCCGCGUGUCCGCCCGACGGAACCACGGCAUCCACGAGCCGGAGCAGCGACUCCUCGCCUGGAUCCUGCCCAUGGUGACAGCCCUGAUCCUGACAGUGCUGUACGGCUACGUCCUGAAGAACCCCGAAAGCUACCACUGGAUGGCCAUCGUGUCCGUCGUCGACGGCUACCUCAUCGUGCUGAUGGGAGUCAACACCGUGGGCACGGCGUACCUGAUCGACAGCCACCCGAGCUUCGCCGGCGCGAUCUUGGUGGCGCUGCCCGUCACCCGCGGACUGGUCGGUUUCGGGCUCAGCAAGCAUACCACGGAGUACAUUACGAACCUCGGCCCGGUCCGGACGUUUGGGAUCUACGCCGCCGUCAGUGCGGCGUUUUGUUUGUUGGGCGUCCUUCUGUUUUUCAAGGGCAAGCGAGUCAGGAGGAUUUGCGCUCAAUUGACGCAGUAA